AUGAAUUGGUUCGGAUCUCAUGCCGACGCCAGCGAUGCGGUCUCACGAUUGCAGCAAUUGCUCAGCUCAGCCAAUGUCCCGCUCAAAUACAGCAUAGCUCAAGCGUCGUCGUGGUCAGGUACAUACCAUCCCAGCAACAUUCUUCACAAUCGACCUCAUGAAAUGUACUCGAGAUGGUCCGGCUCUUCCCAACAUGCUGUCAACUCGGCUACUUCCGCCAGCAGCUCUUCCACCGGCACAGGGAUGGCCCUCGAUCCUUCCAGCUACCUCACCAGCGCAUCCUCUUCGUCUGGCAACAACUCAGCUUUUGCAAACAACCCGAACUUGGCACUUGCUACCUCUUCUAGCAAUGGCUCAUCUCCAUCAUCAUCUUCUGCCGCUUCUAGCCGCAGAACGGCGACUGUGCCUGUAGCAGCUACGCCUGCUCAUCCUCAGAAGCAAUACAUCAUCCUCAAGCUCGACAAACUCAGUGUGGUGCGCUCCAUCACUUUUGGCAAGUACCACAAGCCGCAUCCAUGCAACUUGCGUGACUUCAAAGUCUACGGAUCCACCACCAUCGACAGCCUUUUGCCAUCUUCCUCUGUCAACGGUCGUCCACCCGCCAGCAAGCGUCUCCUUCGAGGCGGUCUCAAGAAUGAUGCUCUGUCGGAAACGUUUGAGCUUCGAUGGCUCGAGGAUGCUGCUACCGGCUCAGGUUCAGGUUCAUCCAUCGAGAGUGCUACUUUCUUACCUGCGGACGGCGCACCAGAUCGUCGCUCAGCUACCCAUGCACUCGUCAACACCGGCAAUGCCGUUCCCUUUGCUAUUCGCUACAUCAAGAUCGUGCCCCUUGCUGCCCACACACCCAACUACAACUUCAGCAUCUGGCAUGUCGCUUUGGCUGGAGUCAGCGACGCUGCUAUCGUCUCCCGUGUAGCACGCAGCUACGAACAGCAUCGACAGUCGACGGCGACACGUCUCAUCCUCAAGCAUCUCCGCGAAUUCGGCCAUCACACCGCCUUCCAAGCAUUGCUGCACUCUUCGCACCUAGCCCCACCGAGUCAGACUGACCCGACGAUAACCCCUUCUCAGACCAACUUGCUUCCCUACAGUCCUCACCGCCCCUUCGAGCAUCCUCUCCUGACGACGCUAUUUGAUGCGCUUGUGCGUCGUGCAAGCUGGGAUGAGGUCGAGCUCUGCCUCAAUCGUGCUGCCUACGGUGAUCUUGUCCAUCCUGCCAACAGCGGCUCAUCUACGCCUAUGUCGCCUGGCGGUAUUGCAAACUUAUCUCGCAGUGCUAUCUGGACUCAGCCAUGGCAAAAAUCGAUGUUUUCAGCUUACAUCUCGCGACAGAUCCCAAAAGCGAGCUGGUCACAAAUCCAUCCUUCACCGCCAGCCACGCAUUUGUCACACACCAGCGAUGUAGCAUCGCAAGGGUUCGCACCCUCCGGACGAGGAGGUCAUGCUAUCGUCUUUGACUCUGAAAAGGGCAUCGCCUACCUGUUUGGAGGAUGGGAUGGUCAGAGAGAUCUUUCCGAUUUCUGGGCCUACCACGUCAACGAGAAUCGAUGGCGUCUGAUCUCAGCUGACACGCAGCUGCAAGGUGGUCCCAGCCCGAGAAGCUGCCACAAGAUGUGUCUCGACGAAAAGAGCGGCUGCAUCUACCUUCUUGGUCGCUACAUUGACUACGAAAGCACACAGCAGUCCGAACCAAUCCCCUCUGACUCUCUGGGCUAUGGCAGCCGCAAUGUCGCCACUGCUUCGCCUUCCUCUGCUCUGCCAGUGUCGCCUUCUUCGUCCACCGCACGAACCACACGUGCCAACUUCCUUGCGAGCUACCCAGAGUCGUUUGCACGUGACAUCCAGAUGAUCUUGGCAGACAACUCAUUGCAGACGGACGACAUUGGCAUGGAAGGUGCCGGCGUUGGCGGUCAGAGUCGCUCUGCGCGCCCUUCUGACAGCCCUGCGACCGCCGGAGGGAACGGAUCGAAUUCUGCGGGUUCGACACCAGCACCUGCCUCCAACUCUGAAUCUUCACCGCUUUUGACCGGCAACAGCGGAAAUGCAGACUUGAUCGGUCGCUCGCCGGGAGCGUCCUCGCGUCUGCAGAGCAGCAUUCGCACGGACUCGCAGCAUCGUCAACCUAGCCUCGCCUCGCCAGUUGGUCGAGAGGCCGACUUCUUCCGUUUCUCUACACGCUCAGAAAAGUGGGAAAGGCUCAGUGCAGACACCUACGCGGAUGGAGGUCCCAAGCUAAUCUUUGACCACGGUCUUGUCAUUGACGCGCAAAAUCAGAUGAUGUACGUCUUCGGUGGUCGCGUCACCGAUCCAGAUCCCGCCAAGUUCGAGUUCAGCGGCAUGUGGCGUUACGACAUCAUUCAACGCAGUUGGACAUUCCUUUUCGACGAUCGUACCUCGAACGGUGCCAAGAUUCUCAGUAGGUCUGGACACAGCAUGCUGCUGGACAGUGGUAGGCCAGGUGCCUCGGGUAUCUCGCCAUCCCACACGCGACAGAUCUGGAUUUUAGGCGGUCAGCGCGGUGCCUCUGCCACCUUCCUGGCGGAUAUGUACACGUACAAUCUGGCAACGGGCGCCGUUCGCGAAGUGUCACGCAACACGGCGCACAACGGUCCCGAAGCCGCAUUCACUCAGCGUGCCACCAUCGAUGUCGCAGCUCGGGAGAUCAGCGUCUUCAUCGGGUUGAUCGGCGGUCGCAACGAACGCAAGAGGAGUGCUUUCUGGAUCUACAGCAUCCCACGAUCGUCCUGGCGCAAGGUGUAUCAGUAUGAAGGCGGAAAGCAGUCUGAGUUUGCUUCUGAGGCUGUCAGUGUUGGAAGUGGUGGGGCCGGUGCUCCGGGACUGGGAUUGGGCGCCGAGGAUGGCAUGCUUGGGACAGGCGACCAUAUCGAUGUCGAUGGCGAGAUGGAAGGAGACGAUGUGCCCGAGUCUGGCCCUCUGCAGGCGUUGCCCACCUAUUCGGAUGAGAUGAGUGCGGACGACGAAGAGAUGCCCAUCGAGCCACCUGCCAACAGCUGGACGCCAUACGCUGGACAGAACACGUUCGAGAGCGUAAGCACAGGCAAUGCUGUUGCUGGUGGUAGUGCUUCUAACCCGGGCAGCUCGCCUCUGUCACCGACUCCCACUCGGGCUAGGCCUGCAAGUGGUAGUGGCGCAGGCAAUGGAGCUCAGCCAACAGAGCCUCAGCCCCGAUAUGCAGCUCAAUUGGUAUUCGAUGAUCGCAAGAAGGUCUACUACUUGCACGGAGGUAAUCCGGAAGAUGCUUCGGAUCGGUCUUACCGCUUGGACGACUUUUGGCGAUUGACGCUGUUGCGGCCCACUCCAGGCGAGAUUCUUAGGAGAGCCAAGUUCCGUGUUCGUCGCCAAAGGUUCUUGGAGAUGACGCGCAAUCUUGCGCCUGGGAUGAACGAGUCAGAUGAAGACAUAGCCAACUCUGCGGGCGUCUCCUCUCCUGCUGCCAUGGGAUCCCCUUCUGCGGCAGGAGCGGGAGACGGCGGGCCACGAUUGGGACUGGAAGCGCUUAUGUAUCUGCAGACAGAGGUUGGAGCUGUAGUCGAUCACUCUGACGAGUCGGAGUCGCGAUUGUUCCGUCGACUCAUGCCGCAUCUGCUUAAUGCUGAGAUGGGUCGCGGUCCCCUGCAGCCGCAGAUGGGGAUGGGCGAAUACACUUCGGACGAUCCUCUGCUGCAGAGCCACAACAACAGCCACAACAACAGCAACGACCGCGUCAUAGGCGGCGGAAUCAGCUCUUCCCCUCUCAACCCUUACACAUCUCACCCGCACUCCACCGAGACUUGGGCAGCUGUAGGAGGCAAACGCACGCGAGAAGAAGCAGAAACAGACGAAGCCGAAAUGGCCUCUUCCGUCUCCUCUCUGGUGAGCGCAGACGAUGGUGGAUCAGACAUGCUUUCCGCUUCCCAAGUUUUACAGCAUCGACAGAAGAAGCAGGUUGGAACAGCGGCUGCAGCGAAUAGCUUACCGACAUUGCAUGUGGGGGAGGAUGAGGGAAGACCUUCAGCGUUGUACGUGGAAAGAACGAGGUUGUUUAGGGAGUUGAUUGAAUAUUUUAACCCUGAGCUGCUUGAGCCUCGGGCUGAGUUGGGUGGGUGUGUUGAGGUUGCGCUUGGUGGUUGA